CAACCCCAGACUUGACGUCAGGAGCGGUGGAGACCGCAUCUCAUUCGCGUGCACACGACGCAUACCUCCUCACUCUCUCCAUCAUGUCUAAACGCCCAGAGCCUGCGCAGCACGAGUCGGAGGCAUCGACGAGCUCGUCCGGCAACGAGCGCGAAGUCACGGACCCCGUCACCCACCUCCCCCUCAACAUCCACGAUCAGACGCGGGUGCAGCUCGAGCGCAUCCCCCCUCCCGUCGAUGACCUCUCGCAAUAUGAUCAGAAGAACCUCCGGGAGGUCCUGGCACAGGCCUCGGCGGGCCGGCAUAUGGCUAUGGAGGAUCUCAUACGCGACGAGAUCAACAAGGGGUGGUGGGAGGAUCCUGAGAAGCGGAAGAGCAAGCAGCGCAUACGGCUGGCGCUGGUUGCUGCUGCGGCGAGCGCGGCCGGCGGUGCCAGCAGCUUGCUCACAUACACGGUCGUCCGACGGCUCACGAACUCUGGCUGGCUUGGAUUCCUGCUCUCCGUCGUCACUUCAUGUCUCUCGCCAGUCGCGGCCAUAGCCUGCGUGCUCGUGCUCGAUCGCAAGCUGCAAGACAAGGAGCGCGCGCGGGAUAGGGAGCAUGUGCCGGUGAGUGUGCCCCUUGUAUAGCCCCUCGCUUCGUGGCUAACGCAUUGCAGACCGAACACUCGCCUCCGCGCAGCAUGGAGGCCGAACGGCCAGAGACCGC